AGUCGAGUUCAGUUUUGAUUUUCAUCCGUCUCGGCAAGAACAGCCUAUUGCCAUGACCAUGCUCGCAGUGGACGAAGCGUCGUCCAGUAUCGUCGUGCACCCCCACGCAGCGUCCAGCUACGUUGCGUACACGUUUCUCAUCACGUGCCCCAGCACCAAGGUGACGUGGACACUCACAAAGCGCUACUCGGCGUGCUACGCACUCCGAAAGGCCCUCCAGCGCCUCGAAAAAGGCAUCGAGACCGAGCUCUCGCGGCCGCUGCAUACGGCGCUCACGAUGCCGUUCCCACCAAAACACCUCUUUGGUCAGAGCGCAGACGUCGUGGCCCAACGCGCGGCGGCGCUCAAGCACUUUGUCGCGAUGCUAGUUGCGAUCCGCGCCACUUGCUUGCUCACGCUCGUCGCGCACCGCGGGCGUACGACGGCGCCGAGCGACACGCUCUUCUCGCUGCUGCAAGAGUUUCUCGAGGUGCCGACGCACGUGUCGCCCAACGAGCUUCGGCAGACGGUCGCGAUUCUGUCGCCGGACGAAGCGGCCGCGUACGCCAUGUAUCCGGACGACGACGACGAAGCGAGUAGCUGCGGCGUGUGCUUGGCGCCGCUCGUUCCUAGCGCAUGCGACACGGUCCAUGCGCUGGCGUGCGACCAUCACGUCCACGCCGCGUGCGUCGUACACGGCCCCGCGCACUGCGUCCUGUGCCGCGACCGGAUCGCAUAGCCAUACCUCUCCUGAAUUCUUCUCUUCUUGUACAAUAAAAAGAUACCAUACCCCAACA